GUUUCCCUCACAGUUACAACCCCACGUUACAACCGACUUCACAGCCUAGUUGACAUCGACGACUGACGCCACCAACAGGUGAUUAUCGAGGAAGAUGAAGCCAUCAAUGGUUUACAGCAAUGGAAUCUCACUCUUGAUGCUCCUCGCAGCAGGAAUGAUUUUGUUUCAAGCGACUACGACUUAUGCAGCCCCUCAUUCAUCCAGGUAUUACCCUGGAUACUAUUCGCCCUUAUCAAUGGAAGGACAAAAUCCCGAAUAUCUCCUCCAGACAAUUGCCAGACUGAGGCAAGCAUUGAUUUCGGAUGAUGAUUUGGAAAAUUCCAAACGCGGCUUAGACCUAGGUCUCAGUCGUGGCUUCUCUGGUUCUCAAGCAGCCAAACAUCUGAUGGGCCUAGCAGCAGCCAACUUCGCUGGGGGUCCAGGCAGAAGACGUCGAAGCGAAGAAGAAGCAUAAAUGGACAACAGAAUAAAUGUACUUCAAUUUCCAAACAGUUCCUAAUGUUAAAUUUAACCUCUCUCUAUCAUUUCUGUCGUAUAAAGUAGACAACCCCACGUAGAACAUUUAGAAAUAGUAAUCGUAUGGUACACGAAAAAAUGUAAUAAACCCUUUCCCACCCUCUGUACAACAUUAUUUCUGAAAAUAAAGCACAGGACGCAGUAACAGCACCUUGACUUUUUAACUUGUAAUUUAUUGUUUGUUAGUUAAGAGAUGUAUUGUACAGGAAUUAUAUUUCAUUUAAAUAAAGUUUAAAAUAUCA